UUACUUCUAGAUUUUGAGUGAAGUGAAGUGGCGAAAUCCAAGAAACAUAAGAAAAAGAGCAAGAUUUGUCGAAUCUUUUUGAUUUUGAAAAAUUGAAAAAUUCUUUGAGCCAUCGCCGCUUUGUGCUUCACUUCGACAUGUCUCAAUCAAGCCACCAGGAGGAUUUAACAGAAAAAAUCUUAAAGCAAGAAGACAGCUUUAAUGAUAAGAAUAGUGAGAGCUUUAAAGAUCAGAUCAUAAAGCAGGAAGGCAACUUCAAAGGUCAAAUCAAAAAGCAUGAAGAUAACAUUGAGUUCCUUAAUUCUCAAUCCAAUCGCCUAACUGAAUCGGUUGUCGACCUACAAAUGAGCCUUGGAAAGUACCAUUCAACUAAUGUGACUAAAUCAGAGAAUGGGAAUGGUGCAUUUCAUACUGAAGAGGAAACAGUGGAACAGAUAUUGAAGAAAGAGAACUCUGCUGCUAGCAUAUUUUGUUGGAUAAAAGCGAAUACUCAGACAUCAAAUUUGGCAUUUGUAAAGGAUGCUGUGGGUGUUGUGGCAACCCUUGCCAAGGUUGAGAGUGAUGAUUUGAGCAGCUGGAAAUAUCUGUUGUGGUCUCAUUUAUCUUCCAGAUUUUGGAUUCUUUCCGAGUAUGUGGGUUUGGAGACAAUGCUUGCAAUAGUGUGCAGUACUAAUGAAGGCGUUAAAGCACUGGAGAAGUAUGACCCAGAAGGCACAGUAAACAGUACUGGUGGUUUGCAUGGAAUUGGAUCUUCGACUGGAAAAAAAAUUAAUGGCCGAUUUGUUGUCAUAUGUCUUGAAGAUUUAAGACCAUUUGUUGGAGGUUUUGUUGAAAACGAUCCACAAAAGAAGCUGGCUAUUCCGAAGCCGAGAUUGCCUAAUGGGGAGUGCCCGCCCGGGUUUCUUGAUUAUGCUGUGAACAUGAUCCAUUUGGAUUCAAAUAGAUUGUCUUUUCUUACUGCCAGUGGGCAUGGUCUUAGAGAGACGCUCUUCUAUAGCCUUUUUUCUCGUCUACAAAUAUAUAAAACCCGGAACGAAAUGAUGCUUGCUCUCCCAUGCAUUACUGAUGGAGCAUUGUCAUUAGAUGGUGGAAUGAUCAGGAAAUGUGGUAUCUUUGCUCUUGGUAGUAGAAAAGAUGUAGAAGUGAAGUUUCCUCUAAUUGCCGGAGAAUCUGAUGUACCUCCAGAUUAUACUGAAGCUGAAGAUGUGGUGAGGAAGCUUCAAUGGGAAACUUCUAAACUUGCUGCUGAUAUACAAAGAGAGCAGCAGUUGCUGGAUUUUAGAAAGGCCAAGUCCACAAGCCAAGCCUGUUCCGGCGAGACGACAUGGUAGAAACUUAACCACAUCGAAUUAUGUGUAUUAGCAGUUCAUUUUGUAAAGAUGUGAAAUAGUUUCAUGAAAUGAGCCGAAGCUGAGUAAAAAAAUGAAGUAAUGCAUUUGCUCAAUGCUAGGUCUAUUGAGAACAUAAGAAAUUUGGAUAUUUUGUUUAGCCUAUCCCUUCUCCGUGAAACUCGCUGUGUAUUGUUUCAGAUUAACACUAUUUUAUGGGCUAUUUAAUAGCAAAUUUUGGUAGAUUUCAGGACAUAAUUAUGUGGUAACAUUAUUUUUUGAAAAA